AUGGCGAGCGCCCGGGAUGCCGGUCCCCAGGGCAUCCGGAGACUGAGGCGGACGACAGUUGGGCAGUUCGUCAUCGAGAAGGAGAUUGGCAAAGGAAGCUUCGCUCAAGUAUACCAGGGCCUACAUAGGGACACCAAACAAAUUGUAGCCAUCAAAUCGGUCGAGCUGGAGCGCUUGAACAAGAAGCUCAAGGAGAACCUCUACAGCGAGAUCCAAAUACUCAAGACCCUGCGACAUCCACAUAUCGUUGCCCUGCAUGACUGCGUGGAGUCAUCGACACAUAUCAACCUCAUCAUGGAAUAUUGCGAGCUCGGGGAUCUAUCCCUAUUCAUCAAGAAGCGGGAGAAGUUGAUUACACACCCGGCUACCCACGACAUGGCACGGAAGUACCCUAGUGCUCCGAACUCUGGUCUCCACGAAGUUGUCAUCCGCCACUUUCUUAAGCAGUUAUCAAGUGCGCUUGAGUUCUUAAGACUGAAGAACUAUGUUCAUCGCGAUGUGAAGCCUCAGAAUCUCUUGCUUCUACCCGCGAAAUCAGCCCCCGACUUUGGAUUUGCCCGAGUUCUGCCAUCUACAUCGCUAGCAGACACACUCUGCGGCUCCCCGCUGUACAUGGCGCCAGAGAUCCUUCGUUAUGAGAGAUACGACGCCAAGGCUGAUCUAUGGUCCGUGGGAACCGUGCUGUAUGAGAUGAUUACAGGACGACCUCCUUUCAAGGCAAGGAACCACGUGGAACUUCUGAGGAAGAUAGAGGCUGCUGAGGACGUCAUCAAGUUUCCCCGCGAAGUCACGGUCACUGCUGACCUGAAGGCCCUUGUACGAGCACUGUUGAAGAGGAACCCCGUCGAGCGUCUGAGUUUUGAGAAUUUCUUUCAGCACCCCGUUGUCACUACCGACAUCCCAGGGUUGGUGGAAGAUGAUCUCCCCAAAGUAGCACCGCAACCCAAAGCAGAUGCUCGCAAAAUCCCAACUGGCCGCACGCCUGAGGAGGAAAAGGCUGCCCAAGAUGUUAUGUUUGAGCGAGACUAUGUGGUUGUUGAGCGAAGACAUGUUGAGGUGAACGCCCUGGCAGAUGAGCUGGCAGCGAACGAGAAGAUGAGUCCCCGAGCUGGCCAAAUGGCGAGACGCUCGACCCAACAAGGAACCCCAACUUCGACUACUGGGGCUAUUCCGACGCCAUCGCGCACCGAACUCGUUGCUCGGGGUCACGCAAGUCACGAGCGGCGAUCAUCUUAUGAGAAAGCAUUGUCCUCCAGCCCCGGCUCGGCAUCAAGUGCCAUAUCAAAGGCUAUCCAAGACGCGAGCCUGCGACUGUUUGGGUUCAAGGUACCUCAUAUCUUGGGACAAAAGGGGCAAUCCCCACCUAUGUAUCAGGCUUUCCCUGCUUAUCCCGCUCCAGCAACAACGGGGCUCAUCGGCGACGUCAGGACGUCACAUGCCGCCGACGAGGAUGCGAUGGCAGCGCACACCAUCGAGGAGCUAGCGACGCGAAGCGACUGUGUAUACGGGUUCGCCGAAGUAAAGUACAAGCAGUUGGUUCCCAUGGCUCCUUCGGCGGAGCGCGGCCUAGGCGGAGCCGACGUUGACCAGCUGAACCCGGUUGAGGAUGGGCUAACUGUCGAGGCCGUCGUGUCACUUUCCGAAGAGGCUCUCGUUCUCUAUGUCAAGUCACUGACUCUUCUGGCCCGAGCCAUGGACAUUGCUAGCGUGUGGUGGUCAAAGAGGAGUCGUGGCGAGACAUCGAGUGGUCUUAGCAAUGCUGUCGCACAGACAAUCGUGCAGCGCAUCAACGCUGUUGUGCAAUGGGUCCGGCAACGGUUCAACGAGGUGCUUGAGAAGUCCGAAGUCGUUCGUCUCAGAUUGACCGAGUCGCAGCGGGGAUUGCCUGAAGACCAUCCCAGUCAUCCAUCCAACCAAGGACUCGAAUCCGCCACAUCGGCCGCGGGCAGUACAGGGGUCAAGGACGUCUACCUCACGCCCGGAAUCAGUGCAGAGAAGCUAAUGUAUGACCGCGCUCUUGAAAUGAGCCGAGCAGCAGCCAUCGACGAAGUAACCAACGAGAACUUGGGGGGCUGCGAGCUGUCAUAUGUGACCGCGAUUCGCAUGUUGGAGGCCGUGGUGGACAGUGACGAAGACAGCUCGAAGAAGAUCAUGGCUGGCAAAGAACCCGCGAAGGAUGUUGCGCCCGACAUUGACAGUGAUGAGGAGCAACAUAUUCGCAAGAAGAACGCAUUCGCCAUCGACACGAGGGGCGAGCGGAGAUGUAACGCCACGCAGCGUGCCUCAUCUUGA